AUGAAGGCUCUCCUCCUUAUCCUCCUUGCCCAGCUCGGCUCGGCAUCGCUGAUCCCCGGCAUGGGCGUCUCCACCGUCACGGCCGCCCGCAUCCUCAAAGGGCAGCUGCAAAACCUCAAGGGCGAGGAGAGCCUGCUGGAGAUGGACAAGUUCCCCUACGUCGCCUUGGCCAAGGUGAGCCCCCCGGGGGGGUGGGGGGCAGAUCCUGAACUCCCCCAGGACGCCCGUGGGGGAUGCGAUGCCCACCGCAAGGUCACGGGCGGGCGGCCGGCAUCGACCGGGACGGUGAGUUUUGGGGGUGUUCCAACCAUUGCCCUCUGAAUUCGUGGUGCAGGCAAGGCGGUGGGCAUUGUCACCACCACGCGGGUGACCCACGCGACGCCCAGCGCCGCCUACGCCCACUCCGCCAACCGCGACUGGUACUCGGAUGGAGAGAUGCCCCCAGAUGCGCUGGAGGGUGGCUGCAAGGACAUCGCCCGGCAGCUGGUGGAGAACAUCCCCGACAUCGAGGUGAUCUUGGGCGGCGGGCGGAAAUAUAUGUUCCCCAAAAACGCCAGUGACGUGGAGUAUCCCCACGAGGACAAGCACCGGGGUACCCGCCUGGACCGCAGGGACCUCGUCCAGGCAUGGCACGAUGCCAAGCCCCCCGGCAAGGUCGCCAAAUACGUGUGGCACCGGCGAGACCUGCUGGCGCUCAACCUCAGCCGCGUCGACUUCCUCUUGGGUCUGGCCCCGAUGCAGAGCGACGUGGACCGCAAACCCUUCACCUCCAUCCUCUACGGCAACGGCCCCGGCUAUAAAAUCGUGGCAGGCGAGCGAGAAAACGUCUCCGCCGUGGAUUUCGCGCACGCCAACUACCAGGCGCAGUCGGCCGUGCCGCUGCGCCAGGACCUUCGCCAGGAGACCCACGGCGGCGAGGACGUGGCCGUUUUCGCCCGCGGCCCCAUGGCCCACCUCCUCCACGGGGUCCACGAGCAAAAUUACAUCCCCCACGCCAUGGCUUACGCCGCCUGCAUCGGCUCCAACCGAGCCCACUGCAACGCCGCCGGCCGCCCUGCCGCCGCCGCCUCCAUCCUCCUGCCCUUCCUCGCCCUCCUCUUCCUCCUCUGCUAA